ACUUUAAAUUACCACCCUUUAUGAUAGAAACUGAAUUCUUGAUAUUUUCGGCGAAGCUCAGCACUUUGCCCUAAAUUCCAAAACUGAAACUGUGAACUCAAACCCCACCUCAUCAUAUUUCCCGCAAUGAAUACUUCCAUGCUCUAACCCUACAAGAUUCUCUUUUUCUUCACUUCCAAUUUUUUCUAAAUGGCUUCUUCCGAUGAACUCAGACUCUCGCCGUCGUCGUUGCCGGUCGCCGAUUUGACCGACUCCAUCAACCGAUUGAACUUGAUUCCCUCAUCCGACAAAGAUUCCGACGAUGCUCCGCUACUUUCUCCUCCCUCAUCCAGUGGCGGUUACAACAAUGUCUCCGAUGAUGUCAUCAAUCAGGUUGAUCAGUUUCUUCGCGAUGCAAUUCAGAACCCUCGCGAACGACUUUCCAUUUUACGGAUGGAGCAGGAUGUUGUGAAGUUCAUUAAUGAUCCUAAUCAACAUCAGCUUGAAUUUCAGCAACUGCCGACUUCGUAUUUACGGUUGGCUGCACAUCGCGUGGCUCAGCAUUAUUCGUUGCAGUCGAUGGUUUUACUGGAUGGUAGUUUACCGGAUGGUUCUGGGUCGAGAAUUAUUGUCCAUAAGACUUCUGGAUGUAAGCCGCCUCUUAUUCGCCUUGCAGAUAUCCCUUUAAAGUUACCGUCAGAAGACAAUGCUGUUAAGAAGGUUGCAAUUAAGCAGAGGCCACAAAAGCAGUCACUAGUUGACAGUGAUGCAAAUUCGAACUCGGUUAAGAAUCGGAACUCUAAAAGUGUGGAAGAGAGAACGGAAGAGUAUAGUAAGGCUCGUGCUAGGAUCUUUAGUUCAAGUGAUGAUGGUGGUUCUUUGGGUGGAAAGCCAGAAUGUGAGUCAAGAAAGGAAGAGAACUCUUUACUUGGUUCCUUGGAUGUUUCUAGGGUUGAAGAUAAAUCUGAUGCUGUGUGUGAUGUCAGUUCCAGUAGGGCUAGAAGUAGGAUAGAGACGGAAUCAGUUGGUAGGCAAAUGCAAAGUAGUAGGGUGGCUAUAUUCCGGGACCGUGAAGUUGACCGCAAGGAUCCUGAUUAUGACAGGAGCUAUGAAAGGUUUGUGCAAAGAUUUGACCCUGGACAUGGGUUCAAUGGAGGAUCACACACCAUGCAGCCCAUGUAUACAGCUGUAUCAAACUACCACCCUGAGUUUCCACAGCUUGGAUCCACUCAUGGACCGCAGCUUUCUCCUGCACACCAUCCACAACCUCUUCUCCAGCACAUACCUGGGCCAUGGGCUCCACCAGCACCAGCUGGAAUAGGAUAUGGAUAUCCAGAGACAAUGGUACCAUUUAAUCCUAGACAAGUUAGUGCAUGCUCUGCACCAACAUUGUAUUUGCAUUCAUCUCAGUAUUCUUGUCACUGUCAUGGAAUGCCUUUUAUUCCCUAUGAACCUCUUCAUCAACCAUUUGCACAGUUUCAUCGACCACCACCUGAUGCAAGUUUUGGAAUGGUUUGGCCCUGGUGAAGGGCAUGGGUCGUGCCUGCAACUGAUCAGCCUGAGGCAUAUGAUGUAAGCUGGCGGGUUGCUGCAGCUUCAAAACUUUCUGUUUGCUGAUUUCAGUGCAGGCAUGUUGGCUGAGUUUGGCUGGAAUGGAUUUGUAUAUUCCCGUCUUAAGACAAUUUUUUAUCCAUUCCUCCAUUCUUGGUCUUGCAAGGAUGCUUAUUGCAUCUUCCAUGUCCCUUGUAGACAUGUGUGAUGAUUACUGCGAGUCAAGUCAGGACUUAUCCAGAGCGGAAUAAGUGUGUGCUUGACUUGGGUGAAGGUAUGCUUUGCUUGACCUAUACUGUUGAAUACAGUUGUUCUUGUAACUUGUCUGAGCAUUCGUUUCCUACUUGUAGUAGUUCAUCAUUUUCAUUCGUAUAUUCAAAUACCAUAUCGCCAAAGUUCUUUUGUUAGUUAAUUUGCUCUUAUACCUUGUCUUGUGAAUUUUUAUAAAUAUGAUGGAAAACAAUUUUUACACUAGCUAGGUUAUGUAAAUGAAGCUUUGUUCAGGCUACCUUUUAAAUAAUGAGUACAAAUGUUUUAUAUACUUUCUUGUUUUUGAUACAGCUCCUUUAAGAGCUCAAGGGGUUACCGUGAAAGAGCUUGACAUGACAUCCUUCCGAUUGCUGGAAUUUUGUUGUCGAGAUUCAACUGGAAUUUCUCAAGCUCUAAUCAUGCAUGUACACCAUUGCACACCACAUUUUGUGUAUAUCAACUUAUAUACUUGGCAACCACUAUUUUUCUGCCCAAAUUUCGUUACUAUUUAUCUAUUAGCUACUUGACAUAUCUUAGACAAGUGCUACAAGACCUCUUUUGUGUGGUUGAUGUCAGGGUUGGUUUGAUUUGGUUUUAAGCAAAAAAGUUCAAUAGCGGGUUGGUUUGAA